AUGCAGCAUGGAUCCAGAAGGUACCAGACAUGGCAGACUCUUGCACUGCACGAGUCUGUUGCUCCGGACAAGUGGUGCGUGAACCGCGCCGACCUGAAGUACUUGUGGCAGGAAGUUUGGCAAGCCAUCCAGGCCGCUGAGAUCCAGCCUCCGCUGGAUGGCUCUGAUGAGUUUGACCGUGUUGACCAGCAGUGUGGUCCGAGCAUCUACACAAUCAACCAACAGCACAUCAUGCCUGUGACGGAGGAAGCUGGCAAGGUGAGCUGGGCUUUGAUGAGACAUCCCGAUGGUUUGGACUGCGACCUCUUUAUUUCUCACGCUUGGCAAGAAGGAGUUUUCGAAUUCCUCUCGAAGGUCUUACACUCUUGGCCUGCAGAUGCACGACAUGCCUGGUGUUGCAUGCUUGCGAACCCUCAGAACUUAGACAUCGGAGCCCUCCUCCAGUCUCCCAGCAGAUCGCCUUUUGCAUUAGCUCUCCAGGCAUCCACCUACGUCUUGGUCGUGCCCAACCGCCACUGUAGCAUCUACACGAGGCUCUGGUGCGGAUACGAAGCUUACAGGGCACAGGAGGAGGGUAAGAUGAUCUUCAUCGCAAGAGCUUCCAACCUACAGCAGAUUGGCGCUGCCCUGGCCUCUACGAUCUUGGCAGGGCUUAUGGGCAUACCGACCGGCGCAUGCACGAAGCCUUUGAAACAAGACUGGCCCGAAGCGCUUCUAUGCCUUGUUGCAAUAACUGUCGCCGCUGCCAGUGCCACGAGCAGCAGUAACUAUUGUCGGAUGCUCUGCAACAGGCUGGGUGCCUUCCUGUGCGGGUUCAUGCUCGUUUUUUGGCAUACUCUUGGAAGUACGGCGAUGAUCAGCGAAGCCUUUGGUGAAGUCUAUUUGCCCUUUCUGGCGCAAAUCGUUGUCGUAGUGACCAGCCUAUGCUUCUUCUUGUUGCUUGAAACUGACCGUGUCAGCGACCGGAUCACGAGGUUGGAGGCACUCCAGCUCAGUCGUGGCUUCGAAGGCACUAUUACAAAAGCUGCAUGUUCAGAGCCGGCGGACAAAGCGCGAAUCUUCCAGGAGAUUGGCGACAAAACCGAUGCUGUGGACCAUGCAAUCUCUGUCCUGUUAACCGCCGGGAUGUCAUCGCCAACGCUUACCCAAGUAGCUCGCGCCGGCGUCGACAUUCAGAGCGCGGGCCAUGCCGAGAUCGCACUUCCGUUUGCGGCCCUGAUGACCGGCCUCUUUGCCUUGGCUAGAGUAUGCUUUCAGAUGGUGUACCUGUACAAGGUCUUUUUUUGCUUGGAUCCAAAUUCUCUGUGCGGGCGCUCGGCUUGCUCUCGUCUUCGUUCUGUGGAUGAGCUCAAAAGAUGA